UUGAAUUUAAGACUUUCUUGGAGACGUGAAUGCAUUUUGCUUGCCGGUACUUAAUUUUUUUUUUUUUUCUUUCUUCUUAGUUUUAAUUUUGAUUGCUGUUACUACUGAUAUCUGAGCCAAAGUGGUGAUGCUACCUGAGGGACAUUUCUGCAACCCAUAAGUCAACAGUUACACGAUUGUGAGCCAUGCCUUUAGUGAAGAGGAACAUCGAACCCCGGCACUUGUGCCGGGGAGCCCUGCCCGAGGGCAUCCCCAGUGAACUCGAGUGUGUGACCAACAGCACCCUGGCCGCCAUCAUACGUCAGCUGAGCAGUCUGAGCAAACAUGCUGAAGACAUAUUUGGUGAGUUGUUUAAUGAGGCCAACAACUUCUACAUCCGAGCAAAUUCUCUUCAAGACAGAAUCGAUCGCCUUGCUGUCAAAGUCACCCAGCUGGACUCAACAGUGGAAGAGGUGUCACUACAGGAUAUCAACAUGAAAAAAGCUUUCAAAAGUUCCACAGUCCAAGACCAGCAGGUGGUUUCAAAGAACAGCAUUCCCAAUCCUGUUGCUGACAUUUACAACCAGAGUGAUAAACCGCCUCCUCUGAAUAUCCUUACACCUUACAGAGAUGAUAAAAAGGACGGGCUGAAGUUCUAUACUGAUCCUUCCUAUUUCUUUGACCUCUGGAAAGAAAAAAUGCUACAGGACACAGAAGACAAAAGGAAAGAGAAAAGACGUCAAAAGGAGCAAAAGCGCAUAGAUGGCACAACCCGGGAGGUGAAAAAGGUUAGAAAAGCCAGAAACAGGCGCCAGGAAUGGAAUAUGAUGGCGUAUGACAAAGAGCUUAGACCCGACACCAGGUUGUCGCAGAGCGUACACCACGGAGCAUCUUCCGAGGGAUCCCUGUCCCCAGACACUAGGUCCCACGCGUCGGACGUCACGGAUUACUCGUAUCCUGCCACCCCCAACCAUUCUCUGCACCCGCAGCCCGGGACGCCUUCCCACGGAGCCGGUGACGCACCGCCACGCGGGCCGGCAGCCCAGGCCCCCGAGCACGAGUUCCGGCCCCCGUCGGCCUCGGCCAGGCACCUGGCCCUGAACCGGCCCCAGAAGCCGCCUCCGCCCCCGCCGCAGGCCGCAGAGGCGUCGCAGGCCCCCGCGCCCCUGGCUCCCGCCGACUACGGGAUGCUCCCGGCACAGAUCAUGGAGUAUUACAACCCCUCAGGACCCCCGCCGCCGCCGCCCCCGCCCAUGAUCCCUUCCGCACAGACUGCCUUCGUCAGCCCCCUCCAGAUGCCCACGCAGCCCCCCUUCCCAGCGUCCGCCGGCCCCUCCUACGCGGGUCCUACCCACCCUCCCUCCGGUGGGCUGGUGGUCACGGCCCCGCCCCCCCCGGGCCCCCCGCCGCCGCCGCCGGGUCCUCCAGGUGCCGGCUCUUCGCUCUCCCCCUCCCCGAUGCACGGCCCGCCGGGAGCCGAGGCAAAGAGGCCGGAGGCUGCGCAGCCGCCCGUGAGCGACGCCCGGAGCGACCUCCUCGCUGCCAUUCGGAUGGGAAUUCAGCUGAAGAAGGUGCAAGAACUGCAGGAGCAGGAAGCCAAGCGCGAGCCCGUGGGCAACGACGUGGCCACCAUCCUGUCCCGCCGCAUCGCCGUCGAGUACAGCGACUCGGACGAUGACUCGGAGCUGGACGAGAACGACUGGUCCGACUGAGGCUGGCGCCCAGGGCCCCGGGCUGGGGAGUGUGCUGACGAUCUCUGUGGCCCCGGCGCCCACGUAGUGGUAUUAUAAUCCCGUAGCUUAGCGACUUUUGUAUCGAUAACGUGAGAUUGCUCUUGCACAUGCAAAAAUUCUGGGUUUUUCAGUAUUUACUGUGGAAUACUUAAGUGCCACGAAACAUAGCAAACCGUGCUGCACAUGAGGAAAUAAGCUGUCACUAUUGCAUUGUCCCGAAAACAGCCUUCUGCUUCCUUCCUCCUGGCCACGAGAGUACUUAGUGCAGUUUGGGUUCACUCCCCUUGAUCAUUAGAAUCCUGCAGACUCGCUGUGCGUUUGUGAAGCUGCCUGAUGUCUGGUCUUUGCAAGAUUAAUGACUGUGCGUCAGACUGAUGUCUUCCCAUCCGUAAGAGAUACUGUUUCCACUUUUUUUUUUUUUUUAAAUGUGUUUCAGAAGAAGUUGGUUCUAGAGAGAAAGAUUUGACAAGUAGGAGAAUUAGACGUUUCUGUUUUCAGUCUCUUGGCCUGGUAGCGUCUGUGCGUGGGAACGCUCCGUUGAA